GGCUUCCUGGUGAAGAUGAGCGGUGACCUGAUGGAGCUGGCCCUGAGGUUGCCCCACAUCCACUACAUCGAGGAGGACUCCUUCGUCUUUGCCCAGAGCAUCCCGUGGAACCUGGAGCGGAUUCUCCCUGUGAGGCGCCAGGCCAAUGAGCACCGUGCCCCCAAUGGACGUGGUCUGGUGGAGGUGUAUCUCUUAGACACCAGCAUCCAAAGUGGCCACCGGGAAAUUGAGGGCAGGGUCACAGUCACUGACUUCGAGAACGUGCCCGAGGAGGACGGGACACGGUUCCACAGACAGGCGAACAAGUGUGACAGCCACGGCACCCACCUGGCGGGGGUGGUCAGCGGCAGGGAUGCCGGCGUGGCCAAGGGCGCCAGCCUGCGCAGCCUGCGUGUUCUCAACUGCCAAGGGAAGGGCACAGUGAGCAGCACCCUCACAGGCCUGGAGUUUAUUCGGAAGAGCCAGCUGGCCCAGCCCGGGGGGCGGUUGGUGGUGCUGCUGCCCCUGGUGGGUGGGUACAGCCCGGCCCUCAACGCCGCCUGCCAGCGCCUGGCCAGGACGGGGGCGGUGCUGGUGGCCGCUGCUGGUAACUUCAGGGACGAUGCCUGCCUCUACUCCCCAGCCUCCACUCCUGAGGUCAUUACUGUUGGGGCCACCAAUGCCCAGGACCAGCCGGUGACCCUGGGGGUCCUGGGGACCAACUUUGGCCGCUGCGUGGACCUCUUUGCUCCAGGGGACAACAUCAUCGGUGCCUCCAGUGACUGCAGCACCUGCUUCACGUCACAGAGUGGGACGUCACAGGCUGCCGCCCAUGUGGCUGGCAUUGUGGCCAUGAUGCUGACCGCCGAGCCGGAGCUCACCCUGGCUGAGCUGAGGCACAGGCUGAUCCGUUUCUCUGCCAAAGACGUCAUCAAUGAGGCCUGGUUCCCUGAGGACCAGCGGGUGCUGACCCCCAACCUGGUGGCCACACUGCCCCCCGGGACCUAUGGAGCAGGUGGGCAGCUGUUUUGUAGGACCGUGUGGUCAGCGCACUCGGGGCCCAUGCGGAUGGCCACGGCGGAGGCCCACUGCGCCACCCCUGAGGAGCUGCUGGGCUGCUCCAGCUUCUCCAGGAGCGGGCGGCGGCGGGGCGAGCGCAUUGAGCCUUUUCUAAAGCAGGUUGCUGUUUCUGUCUUUGGCUCUCAGACCCGAGAGGGCAGGCGUGUCUGCCUGGCCCACAACGCCUUUGGGGGUGAGGGUGUCUAUGCCGUUGCCAGGUGCUGCCUGCUGCCCCGGGCCAACUGCAGCGUCCACACAGCUCCGCCAGUUGGGGCCGGUGUGCAGACCCGUGCCCGCUGCCCUCAGCAGGGCCACGUCCUCACAGGCUGCAGCUCCCACUGGGAGGUGGAGGACCUUGGCAACCCCAGGCGGCUUGUGCUGAGGCUACGGGGUCAGCACGACCAGUGUGUGGGCCGCGAGGAGGCCAGUGUCCACGCGUCCUGUUGCCACGUGCCGGGUCUGGAGUGCAAAGUCAGGGAGCACGGGAUCCCAGGCCCCGCAGAAAAGGUCACUGUGGCCUGCGAGGAGGGCUGGACACUGACCAGCUGCAGGGCCCUCCCCGGGGCCUCCCACACCCUGGGGGCCUAUGCGGUGGACAACACGUGUGUGGUCAGGGGCCGGGAUGUUGGUGCAGGAGGCAGGAUGGGCGAGGAGGCCGCCAUAGCCGUCGCCAUCUGCUGCCGAAACCAGCCCUUGGGGGAGCAGGCCUCCCAGGAGGCCCAGUGA